UUACGUGAAUGCGACCUAACCACAAACCUAGGUUAUUUUUUAAAAUUUAUUUGUAAAUAAUACAGACUUUGCACUCAUAAGCUUCAGUUAAUUGUAUUAUAAUUAUGUUACGUGCAGUACUGAUCGAUUUAAGCGGCACCCUCCACAUCGAAAAUCAAGUAAUUCCGGGGGCUGUCGAAGCUUUAAAAAAGUUAUUUGAGACCAAUCUCACCAUAAAAUUUGUAACAAAUACUACAAAAGAAAGCCAAAACUUUUUAUAUACCCGGUUGAAAAAUUUAGGCUUUCCUAUUAAAAAAGACCAAAUAUUUAGUUCAUUAGCUGCCGCAAAAUACCUCAUAAUGAGUCGACAACUAAAACCCUUGCUCCUACUCUCCCCCGAAGCAUUGGAAGAUUUUGAAGGACUUGCAUGUCCUGUGGAGGCCAACCCAAAUGCUGUAGUUAUUGGUUUAGCACCGAAUGAAUUUCAUUACGAAAGACUCAAUGAUGCAUUUAGGUGCUUGUUGAACGGUGCUGAACUAAUUGCUAUUCAUUGUGGAAAAUAUUAUAAACGGAAAGACGGUUUAGCGUUAGGCCCAGGCUGUUUUGUCAAAGGACUGGAAUAUUCAGCACAAUGUACUGCCACGAUUGUUGGAAAACCUCAGAAAAUGUUUUUUCAUUCGGCAUUAGGUGAUAUUAAUCCAGCGCAAGCUGUUAUGAUCGGUGACGACGUAACUGAUGAUGUAGAAGGGGCUAUGAAGGCCGGCAUCAGAGGAUUUUUGGUCCAAACAGGGAAAUAUCAACCUGGUGAUGAAAAUAAGAUUUCCACACCGCCGGAUGCCGUCGUGCCAAGUUUUGUGGAAGCAGUAGAAAGGAUACUGAAGGAAAUUAAUAAAUGAUUUUGUUAUGGUAAUAUUUAUUAAAAUUGAUAUAAAAUAGACUUUCUGAUACAAAGUGUAACAAAAUAAAUUAUUUGCUCUUGA